GCAGCUCGCUACAUUAAUCUUCUAAAAAUAUAUAUUUCGGCUUUUGGUUUGAUUUAUAUCCAGUUCUGUAGCAAGAUAUUUUCGGAAUGACGUACUUCGUUACAGCUCCAUUGGCUUAGCUCACCUUUCCUGUGGUGCAAUACAGUCCAGCCAUGGAUAAGAUUUUGGAAGCGCUGGUCAGCUCCUCCCAUCCUCUGACUGUCAAACGGGCUAUUGUGAAAAAAGUCAUGGAGGCUGCAGAAAAGGAAGUGACCGAGGAGCAGUGCCAGGCCUUGUAUCAUCUCACCACCCGCCUUAUUCUCCUGGGCGAGGAUGCUUUUCAGCGACAGGUUGGCCUCCAAGUGCAAGAAGCGUACGCACGUUACCAUCGCGAUGAGUUUGCCUGCUUCUUCAGCAAGGAAUACGUACUUGGUCUCCUACAGCAGGGCUAUGGCUCUUUGGACCGCAGAGACCCUGCCAUCUUGGACUUUCUACACGGUUCCCUCCGACUGCUCAUCAGCUGCCCGGCUGUGUUGGAGCUGGCACCAUUGCUUCAGACGGAAGUCCUACGCAUCAUCUGUGAACGGCCAGAACCAGCAACUUGUGCCAAGCUGGCCACCAUACUGACGGACUUCCCUCAGUGCGUCCCUCGAGAGAAGGCUGGAGUUCUUUUCUGUCAGCAGCUUGUGCGCACCUUUGUGUAUUUCCACUGUCCUGCCACUGAAGAGCGGGAGUUGCGGGAGUAUGUGACUCGGGUGACCAGGGUGAGUGUGCUGCUGCAGGGCAUCUGGAAGGCUGAGCCGGCCACGCUGCUACCGUCACUGCAGGAGGUGUUUGCCAUCAUCUCAUCCACAGACCCUUCAUUUGAACCCUCCAUUGCUCUAGCAUGCCUGGUCCAGCACAUCCCUCUGCAAAUGAUCACAGUCCUCAUCAAAAGCCUCACCACUGACCAGAAUGUUAAAGAUGCCAGUAUGACACAAGCACUCUGCAGGAUGAUUGACUGGUUGUCCUGGCCUCUAGCCAAUCAUGUGGACACUUGGGUCAUUGCUUUAUUAAAGGGACUUGCUGCUGUUCAAAAGUUCACCAUCCUCAUAGAUGUUACACUGCUCAAAAUUGAACAGGUCUUUAAUCGUCUUUGGUAUCCUAUUGUGAGACAGGGAGCACUGGUGGUUCUUUCACAUAUGCUGCUUAGUUUCCAGCACUCUCCUGAAGCCUUCCACUUAGUGGUUCCUCAUAUAGUCCCACUUGUAAAGUCUUUGAAGAACGAUGGCCUUCCCAACAGCAAAACCUUCCUGCUGCAAUUUGCAGAACUUGUCCACUGCAUGAUGUACCAGUAUUCCGGCUUCCCAGACCUCUAUGACAGCAUUCUUGAAUCCAUUAAACACUUAUUUAAAAUAUACAUCUUUUGUAACACUAUAAAUGUGUUUACUGUCGCUGUUCAAUUUAAUGCAUCCUUGCUGAUCAAAAAAAAAAAAAAAUCAGGCCUGCUUAAGAUCACAGGAAAAUCAGAAACAGGGAAGACGGGACUUGUGAAUCUGGGCAACACCUGCUACAUGAACAGCAUCAUCCAAAUUUUAUUUAUGGCAACAGAUUUCAGACGGCAUGUUAUGUCUCUGCAAUUGAAUGGCAGCAACACCCUCAUGAAGAAGCUCCAGCUUCUAUUUGCCUUCUUGGCCCACACACAGAGAGCAGCAUAUUCUCCAAGGAGUUUUUUGGAGGUUUCUCGGCCACCAUGGUUUACAGCUGGAUCCCAGCAAGACUGCUCAGAGUAUUUGCGCUUUCUGCUGGACAGGUUGCAUGAAGAAGAGAAGACUCUCUCAGCCCUUCAGGUGACCAGCCCAAAACCUGAACCGGCAACCACUUCUGCUGAAACUUUUCAAGCUGCUGCAAGUCAGCCGGUCGCUGAUAUGCCAUCACAUCCAUAUCCUGUGGCAGCCAAUGGAGAUGGUCGCACUCUAGUAGAGCGUAUGUUUGGUGGUCGACUCUCUACAGCCAUCCGCUGCCUGCAGUGCCACAGCCUGUCAGAAAAAGAGGAGCCAUUUACAGACCUCUCUCUUGCAUUCUGCCCCUCGAUGUCCAAGUGCCACGGUCCCACCGAUGAGCACAAAAGCUCCUCCUCUGUGGGACCCUGCCAAGGGGCGGUGAAUGGAGGCAGUGAAUCCUCAGAGGGCUCAGUAAAAGAAGGUGCAGGAACCAGGAUGGAGAGGCCGUUGGUGGAGCCCACACUGUCUGCACCAGAUUUAGUUGACUACUUCCUGGCUCCAGAAAUCCUAGAGAAUGAGAACUGCUACUUCUGUGAACGCUGCGCCUCACUGCAGAGGGCGAAGAAGGUCAUGCAGGUGGUGGUGGCACCGGAGUACCUCAUUCUGACUCUGCUGCGCUUCUCGUAUGAUGCCACCUGCCACGUCCGCCGCAAGAUCCUGGACAAUGUAGGCAUUCCGCUGCACAUGAGCCUACCUUUACGCCAACACGGUAUCUCCGCUUCAACAUCCUCCUCAACUGCAGCUACAUCUUCCUCAUCUGACUCCCCCGACAGUGGUGAGAAUCUAGCUAAGAAGCUCAAGCCUUCUCGAAAGGAGGAUGGGAUGGCGGUAAACAGAAUAAAUAGUGAGACAAAUGACAGCGAUUCGGAGAUGCUGUCAGUGCCGUAUGUUUUGAGUUCUGUUGUAGUGCAUUCUGGGAUGUCCUCAGAGAGCGGUCACUACUACUCGUAUGGAAGGAAUGUGAGUAGCACUGAUGGUUAUGUAGCUCAUCCAUGUCCUAAGACCCUGGAAAGCUCCAGCCUAUCAGAGAGCUCGACCGACACACAUGAGGAAAUGGGAUGCGCUGAGCACAAGUCCAUGGACUGGUUCUUGUUUAAUGACAGCCGAGUGUCUUUUACAAACUUUGAAUCAUUGCAGAAUGUCACCAGUCGCUUCCCUAAGGACACAGCCUAUGUCCUGAUCUACAGGAAACAAGAGGUCAGUGGACAACCAAGCAAUUCAGGGCCAGUUGUAAAUGGCUCAAGACUGAGUGGAGAGCCACCCCUGCAGAAAGAGCUGAUGGAUGCCAUUACCAAAGACAACAAACUCUUCCUACAGGAGCAGGAGCUGAAUGCCAGAGCUCGGGCUCUUCAAGCAACCUCUGCUUCUUGCACAUUCCGACCCAAUGGUUCUGAUGACAACGAUCCCCCUGGCAGCUGUGGACCCUCAGGUGGGGGUGGAGGAGGGGGCUUCAAUACCAUCAGCAGACUCGUCUUCUAAGGAAGAGUCACAGACAUACUCGGAGCACUGGACAGUCCCACUGACAACACCGGACUCCAUUUGUUUUGCCCUAAUUGCCCACAAUGUGGAUAAGUGUGCCACCUCAGAACAGAUGUCUUAAUUUUUCUGGUUUGUGUGCUUUUUCCCAUUUACAUUAACGUUCAUUUACAUUGACGUUCAUUUACAUUAACGUUCAUUUACAUUGACGUUCACUUGAAAUUAAUUGAAGCACUUCGAGUACUAUAGGUCAGAAAUGGGCAUGCAAUAAAUUUGUACAGAAUACAGUAAUAAUUACAUUCUCAUCCUGGAAUCUUAAUUGUUUCUGUUUCUAAACAGAAAUCAUUAGACAGAGAAUGGUUUUAAAAAUUCAAGCAAAUAUUUUUGGACCAUACUAUACAGUGAACUACUUGCAUGAAUGUUUUAAUUUAAAGUUUUUCAGCUUCUGGUUUGAGGAUUACAGUUAUAUCUGUUUUGUCAAUUAUUUAAUUACAAUUAAGUUAUUUUAUUAAUUCAGGGAAUACUUUUUUGACUUAAC